AUGGAGAAGAUCUUUGAGGCUCUUUACACUCCGGAUGCGGAGAAGGUGAACUUGGCUACCUUUAUGCUGAAAGGUGAUGCUGAGUACUGGUGGAGGAGCGCCAAACAGUUGAUGACUGCUAACCAUGUGGCUAUUACCUGGGAGUCUUUCAAAAGGGCUUUCAUGGAGAAGUACUUCCCGCAAACUGCCAGGGAAGACAUGGAAAAUCAAUUCCUUAGCUUGAGACAAGGAAUGAUGACAGUGGGGGAAUAUGCUGCUAGAUUGGAGACACUAUCAAAGCACUUUCGCUUCUUCCAAGUGCAAGUGGAUGAAGUGUACUUGUGCAAUCGGUUCAUGAGGGGACUGAGGAAUGAUAUAGAGGAGUCUGUGAGACCGUUGGGAAUCAGAGUCUUCCAACAAGUGGUAGAGAAAGCUCGUGAAGUUGAAACAAUGAAGAAUCGCCAGAGGGGCAGAUCUGAAAGUGGGGGACCGAUCCGUUCUGGACAGAGACAGACCGGAAGGUUUGAUGGGCAAAGGCAAGCUAGGAGGUUUGACAAGAGUAAGGCACCGCCGAGGAAGCCUUAUCAACGUCAUGCUGACAAGGUACCUUUUGCAGGAAGGGGUGGAGCAGCUAUUCCUAAGGAGGAUGUUGUCUAUUUCAAAUGCAAUCAGAAAGGGCACUAUGCAAAUGAGUGCGGAAAGGAGAUUGUGUGCUGGAAGUUCCAGAAGCCAGGGCAUGUAGAGAGAAACUGUCCUAAUGUUGCUAAGGUCGAGCCACUGCUGAAUACUGCUAGAGGAAGGCGACCUUCUGCUCCAGGGCGUAUGUUCGCAAUAUCUGGGGAACAAGCUGCAGUUACUGAUGAUCUUAUCCACGGAAUGGAUUGGUUGGCACAGUAUCACGUUCUCUUGGAUUGUGCUAACAAGGCCGUAGUAAUUCCAGAUUCAGGCGUUACAGAUUACUUGAAUUCGUACACCUUGAGGAAGGGUUCACCAGCAUUCGUGAACUCCAAUGUAGCUGAGGCGAAGAAUGACGGCGACGUGCGCAACAUCUUGAUAGUGCAGGAUUAUGUGGAUGUGUUUCCAGAGGAUGUGCCUGGAUUACCGCCAGUGAGGGAGACGAAGUUCUCUAUUGACAUCAUGCCCGACACGGGACCAAUAUCAAUGACGCCUUAUCGGAUGGCACCGGCCGAGAUGGCGGAGUUAGCAAAGAAGUUGGAGGAUCUCUCUUCAAAGGGAUUUAUCCGACCAAGUGUGUCGUCUUGGGGUGCACCAGUUUUGUUGGUAAAGAAGAAGGAUGGGAGGUCCAGGCUAUGCGUGGAUUACCGACAACUCAACAAGGUGACAGUGAAGAAUCGAUAUCUGAUGCCUCGAAUAGACGACUUGAUGGAUCAACUUCGGGGUGUUAUUGUUUUCUCAAAGAUAGAUCUGAAGUCAGGAUAUCACCAGAUCCGUGUCAAGGAAACUGAUAUUCAGAAGAUUGCAUUUAGGACUCGAUACGGGCACUAUGAGUACCUCGAGAACAAGGUGAUUGCGUAUGCUUCGCGAUAG